AUCCAGCUGAAAAUCAUUCAACGUUCUGCGCUCAACCCAAACGGUCGUGCGUCUUAACUGUUUUAUACACAAAAAUACUUAACUCAAAAUAAAUAACUGUUCCCUGUGAAUCCAGUGAUCUAUUUUUUUGGAUUUCUUAACCUUGCAAUCAGCUUUCAAGAUGUGCGAGAAAAGGAUAAGGAAAAUUAAGAGAGGAACUCACUCAACGCGUAUUCGCGAAACCAGACGUCUUCAGAGAGUCCAACGUCUCACUAUCGCCACGUCUCCUCCCAACGACGACUACCGACCACAGCCCGUGGUCUGCCCUACCCAACCCAUCCUAAUGGACAAGGCCCUACAAAACAGGGUCCUACUAGAACUGGCCUGGAAAACUGUGGUGCUGAUGCAGAAGAACAAGCUGAUCCAACAGAAAAUAGUCGACUUGCAAAAGGAGACUACUGAGUUUGUGUCCACCGUCCUGACCAACCCUGAGAGCCGGCAGCGGUACUUGGACCACCUGCAAGUCUACGGCAUUAUCUCGGCAAGGGUCCCGCAACCGUUAGAAAACAAAAACGUAGCUUUGAAAAUAGAACCCAAAGAGUGAAAUGCUACUUUUUAAAUUUUAAGCGCGCGUGGUUGUGUGAGUGAGCGGACGAAUGCUGAUUGGCUGAUUGCUAUAUUUUUUAUUGAAUUGUUAUUUUAAGUAAGUACCUUGAACUGUUAUUCUAUAAGUUUCUAUACUUAACUGUAAACAGAGUGUGAUUAAUUAUAGUAAGGCGAUUGAUUUGUUAUUCUAAGUUAUUUAUGAAAUCUAGGAAUCCAGUCCAGCGAACAUCCUAUUGGCGAUUCGUUAAGUUGACAAUGGUCAAUAGAAGUUUCAGUUAUGUAUUUAUUUUCAUCUUUAAGCAUUUUAGCAAUAAUAUAAAGAAAUUAAUUCAGUGUCUUAUAUAAAACGUUGUGGCUACAGUAGGCUUCUAUUUAAUAUAUAAUAAGGUAACGAAAAUGAUUAUGUUUAAAAUAUAGUAAACAUUUCAAACUCAAAACUUAAAGAUAAUUAAUUACUUACAGAACAUAAGUUUAAGUACCUAUGAAAUUUUCAACUACUGAACAGACUUUAAUGAAAAGGCCGCUUUAGAUCACCUCUGAAAAUAAAACGUGGGUAUCUUAUUUGACCCCAUCAUUUAAACUAAGUUAAACUUUAUCAGUAUUGGUAAAUGAUGUGAUGGCGUUUACUAUAUCUUGAAUAUAAUCGCAGUACCUAUCUGGUUGUAAGAGGCUAUUAUUGUAAAUGUGUAUGUUAAUAUUAUUAUGGUCGUCGUUAUUUACGUAUUUGUCUUGUUAAUUUGUCUGAUAAGAAUUGAUCGGUCAUGUCAUGAUACGAUUUGUACCUAGAGUUAAUACCUCCAUCAUAAAAACAAAUAUUAACCUACGAUUUAGGUACUUUAUAUCUUAUAAAGUUGACUAAUUGAUUAAUUAUAAAAUAAUGCCCGAGUCAAACAAUUUUCGAUAUUAAGUAAGUAUUAAACUCUUCUAGUUUUUCCCCAUGUUUUUUGCAUUUAAAAGAAACUUACCCAGUAGGAGUAGGAAUAGGCUAGUGUUGACAAAAGCACAGAUCUGGCCAUAGUUGUGUUCAUUACUAUUAUAAUAUUUCUUACUGAGGAGGAAAAACAAAGCAUAAAUACAGUCAAACUAUAAAGUCCUGACAUCAAAGAGUGCGAUUUUGUUAAGACUUUUUAUGAUCAUCAGUUUUACUUACUUUUACAUACAUUUUAAAAAUUAAAUACCGACUGAUUGUGAAUUUUUAACGGAGUUGUCCUUUAAUAAAUAUAGCAGAUCUAUUAAAUACGAUCUUAAACAAUUAGUUGGGACCCACUUCGGUUUUCACGACUUUAUAGUUCGAGUGUAGGUUACCAUCGUAUCAUUUCUUAUUCAUACUUUAAAAGUAACUACUAGCAUAUUGUUGCAAAUUUGUUUUUUUCAUCUUACACUUCAUGAAAGUUUCUCAGAUCUGAAAUAUUAAUUUAGAUUUUAUGGUAAAUUUCAGAAAUUCUAUUGAUUUUAUUAUCCAUACAGAUUACGAAAAUUCAAAAAAAUUUUAAAAGUAUUAUUUAGUAUCAUAUUUAAUUUAGUAUUUGGACUCGUAUUUAAAUCAUGUAAUACUUGUUGUUACCCGUUAAUUUGUCAUACCUAAGUAAAUAUCUUGUUUGAAUAACUUCGUGAAUGUAACCUUUAAAAUAUUGGUGUAACAUUGCUAAAUAUUUAUAUAUAAGUAACUUGAAAAUUUUGUAAGCACAACACUCCCUAAGACUAAAACUGUGUAUCUUUAUUUAAGCUAACUGAGCUUUGUUUGUUGGAACUUAAUGUUUCUUGAUUUAAUAUUGAAAAUAAACUAGUCGUACAAGAAUAA